AUGGCAUUUCUCAAGGAAGGUUUUUCCAAGAUCAUUCACGCCGUGAAAGGAGAUGCAAGCCAAUCGGUACCAUACGACGGCCGCUUAUCAGCUGACUGUUUCAAGGUGCAUGAAGGAAUAUUGCUGGGAAUUGAAAACUUGGUGCCCCGCACAUUGGCAUAUUUGCCGGGAGCCGGGUUGAUCGGCUUCUGCACAGCGGCUGGCCAUGUCAAACUUGUUUCGGACGAACAUGAGAUGACUUUGACCAAUCCGGCUGCACCCUUCCAGCCGGAAUUUCUGUGCUUCCCGAGGGCUGGUCUGAUCUUGCUGGUGGGCGUCGCCACAUCACCUCAGAAUCCAGCAACGGUCCCACAGUCAUCAUCGUCAGUGGGACCUCCCAAGAGCGCAAGUUGGAUGGCCCAAUGGUGGGAGCUGAGUGGAGGUGGGCCACACCUUCCGCAAAGUGCCUGGCUGCGAUUCGGUGUGACUUGCACAGCAACAGCGGAAGAUGCGUGUCUGGUUUUCCUCGGUACAGACGAAGGUGAUGUCCGUGUCUUUGAUGCUGGCGAACGGCCGCACGUGGGAUCUUAUUGUAUUUCGUUCGCAUCCUUGCACAAUCACAAAAAGCCACAAAGCUUAGCAUGCCCAAUCACAGCCGUGGCGGUGGUUCCUCAAUCCGGGCCAGAGUUGUUAGUGGCCACUGGAGAUGGAACCUUGGUGUUAUGGUCCUUUGACAAGCACCGUGUUUGCCGAACGUACGAUUGCAGUUCCCCUGUUGUUUCCUUGGCCUGGUGCCCUUCUGGUUCGCAUUUUUUGGCAGCAUCGCGCAGCGACAUGUCUAUUUUUUGUCGCUCGAGCUCUUCGGUAUUGGUCUGUGUAGCUCUCCCAGGUGGCAAAUCCCAGCUCGCAAACAUUUUGCAAUGGGUUGUUGGAGACCUCUCGGCGAUUCCGCAUGACAAGUUGCCGAAACACUUGGGCCAGGUACUUCUGCUGCGGACCAUCCCAAAUGCUGCACUGCUGCGGGUUUCGGGAGAAAGUUGGUCACACGUUGAACCGAUCAUGGCAGAUGUCACAAGUGCUGUGCUGUGUCAUGGAAAUCCUGAUGGCCAGCUCUGCGGUUGUCCAAACUUGCCAGCAGCUGCGCUGGCACAAGUGGGGUCAACCGGGGAAGAAACGGCCAGACAAGAUACCUGUGUGCUCGCAGUUCGAAGGACACAAGCUGGUGCAUCUGCUGUUUCCGUGCUAGGGGCUGGUGCAACCCGAGUUUGGCCUGCCAGCUGGGGCUCCUUGCAACUCUCCAAUGUGUCUUGCAUACAGCUCCUGCCAAAACAGGCGCUGCAGCUUCAGGAUGCUGCAGAAGCAAGCGAAGCAAGCUUGCUUGAAACUUGCCCCAAAGCCUCACAAGCAGAAAACAGCGCAGGGGAACCUCGGGUGCAAUGGGCCGUCCGUGAUGGGACCUUACAGGAUUCAGUGGGUACGUCUUGUGGUGAAGGGUUUUCAUCUACUGAUGGCUGGUUCAUCUUGACCGGCUGCGACGGUGUUUCGGAUGCAGGCCAUGCUGUGGGAGACACACUUCACUGGAAACUGCCAUCCGAUGUGCAGCUUGUGGAGUGUGAGGCGAGUUUCAGCUUAGAUGCCAAGGUGCUCAUAACCAUUUGGGAUGAUGCCGGGACUGAGAACACGCUGCAGCUUGACGUGCCAGAGCAAUUGGCGAGCUGGGGCACAAUGCAGCAUGAUGUUGAGCUGGCACCCGGGGCUGAGCUUUGUCUUCAGUUUCAGGCGGAUGCUGAUUGUGCUGGAUUCAGUGUGGCUGUCGAUGCUUGCUCGCUUCCUUGCCGGGUGCAGCGACCACAAGCCAUGCUCUGGCGCUGUCAGCAAGGUGAGCUUCGAAUCCGCCACAUGUUCGCACGCAUCAGCUCGACCGAUUGCCUGGAAGAUCCGACAGUAUUCAGCACCGAAGAGCCACGCAAACAAUUGUCACCCACGCAGCUUGUGGAGAUGAUGUUUGCACACCACGUGGCGCACUUUAGGAGCUUCGUGCAAGGCACUUUCCUUUCGCCGAACUGCGAGGCCUUCGUCGGAAGUUGGGCACUGCUUGCUGGAGGCUGUCAGGGCCUAUUGUGUAGUGGGAACAAAGAUGGCUGCAUCAGGAUAUGGUUGCGCAGUCAUUCUUCGGUUCUCCUUCUGCAUGUUCUUUCAGUCCAGUCCCGGGCAUCUCUGCCUUGGCGACCUCGCUUUGAUCCCAGCUCGGGCUUGCUAGAACCAGGCCCAGGGAGCGGGGACCGGCAAAUCUAUGAUGGCGUGGACUCGUGUCCUCCUUUCCCAGUGGAGGCAAGCGGGCAAAAUGUCGCUAUAACUGCGGUAUCUCUGGAACUUGCAGCUGGCGCGGUGGUGGCUGGCUGCAGCUCUGGUGAAGUUGUUCUCUUCAUGUGGCAGAACGAGGCACAAAGGCUCUCUCCAGCAGAAACGGCGGAGUGGAAGGUGCAGUCUUUGCUGUUGGCUGCUCAGGAAUGUGGUACGGGGGGUUCGGGUGCUCAGGUUCCGGAGCCUCCAGAGCUUCCUGCUGGCUUUGUUUGUUCCAUGAGGUUGAGACAGCAUGAGGCAUGUGUCAAGCAGCUGCAGAUCAUCUCCGAUGGCAGAUCUUUUCAGAUUCUGUCAGUGGAUGCAACCUCACGUUUCUGCGUGGUCGACUGUUCAAGCGGGCAGUUGCUAUUUUCCCAGUCGCUGGCAUCCCUAAGCAGCGAGGUGUCUCAGCCGAAGGUGCCACAGCUGCCAGUUGAAACGCUUGAUGCAGUUGUGACGUCGAACUGUAUUCUUCAGGUCAGCAGAUCUAGUCCGGCACAUGCGGCGGUGCCAGCGAUGGACGCCAACCAGUUGAAGAUGAACUUGUUGGCGAAGGAUGCCACGGAGCCCGCGCCAAAAGCCUACCUCCUGGCAUUCUCUAGUGGCGAACUAAGACAAGUUGCCGGCCCGUCCAAUGAUUUGAAGCUUUUGGACAACCGCAUCAGGGAAACACGCUUGCCUCAGCUUGCUGGCGGCUCCUUCCUGGGUUGUUUCCUGAACAGCGACUUUUUGCUGACAAUCCAAUCUUUUGGCCUCAAUGUCUUCAAGCGUGAGGGGGACAAGCUACAUUCUGCAGGGCAAAGCAUCAAGUUCAGCACUCGUGCGAUGGAGGCCGGGGUUGUAGAUUUUGAUGGCGAGCUUUGUCUUUAUGCGAUCCUCCGAAGUGGACAGUUAGACAUACUGGCUCUGCCUAGUCUGCACUCGAUUGCGUCACUUCCGGUCGGGGCUUGUGCGGCCCAAGCUUUAAAGGGCCAAGCAGAUGCAGCAGACGGCGAUCAGGUAGGUUUUUUUCCUGGAGGCUCGGGCAUUUGCUCGGAUGGUUACAUGGCUCUGCACUAUGCCGGGGCACUUUGGAUUGGUGGUGCUUCAGAGGCAAGGGAAUGUCGAGCUCUGGAGGCAUCUGCGAAAGCAGCAAGCUCUGCAUACUUGAUGCAGAAGCUGCACGGGCUGCCUGCAUCUGAUGCUCCGGAAAGGGGCCCCAAGCCUGUGGGCAUUCUUGGCACACUUUUCGGGCGCACCCAAAAAACUAUGCGUGACUGCCUUCUUCCUGCAGAGCCCCUUCCGGCAGAGGUGGACGGGAAUCUAUUGGAUCAGGGCAGGGGGUUGGCUCCGGCCUGGCAGUCGCAAGGGCGGGCACAGUCGCAUAGUGCCCCGCAGACUCAGACGACCAGACACGCAGCUGCGAACGUCCGGGAAGCACUAGCUGGAGCCACUGCAAACGCAGUCGAGCGAGGAGACAAGAUUUCAAGCUUGGCAGACAGCUCGCGUCGAUUAGCCGACAAUGCCGACCAGUUCCUGGACUUAGCGAAGCAGCUGAAUGCGCAGCAGAAUCGCUGGUUCUGA